AUGCAGAUAGAUAUAAAAAUUAGUAAACAUCCGCCAUAUAUACUUUGGUGUUUUGAAGAUUAUGUUGUUCGAGUGUCACUCACACUAUACUUUGAUGUGUAUCCUGUUGUCAGCCUUGUAGAAUCAGAUUACUAUCAGUUAGGUGUUCAUAACAUUUCAAGAGUUGGUUUUUUUGGUUUGUCCGAGGCCCCUAGCUUGAGAAGGAUGAACUGGAAGGCUCCCCUACUGCAUUUGCUUGGUGAUAUCAUCUACCAGCCACAUGUGUGCAUCACAGAUGCGAAUUUCUUCAGUCAAUAAAUCAUGACAAUUCCUAUUACAUUAACUGCAUAGGCCUCUUAUGUUUAGUGUAUUAGAUAAACCGUGAAAGCAUUAAACAUGAACUUUUGUUAUAACAGAGGCC